AUGGGUUACAUGAUUACAUGGACACCGUCGGCAAUUCUGCCGCUAGUCCUCAAGCUCACCGCAGCUAUCAUUGGCACUCUUUUUCUAAAACUUAUUUGGAGGGCUUAUACGAUUCGCAGAAAGUUUAGACAAGUGAGGGCGCAGGGCAUUCCCAUGCUGCCUCACUCUUGGAUAACGGGCCAUCUAGGCGUUAUGUUCGAGUUCCGAAAAGAAUACCCAGGAGACAUAAAUAUCGGUAAUUUUCACCCAUGGAUCAUCAACAACUACAAGAAAUAUUUCCCAGAUAUGGACCACUGUCCCCCAGUCAUCUAUCUUGACUUGUGGCCCGUACUGAAAGCGCCCAUCGUGGCGGCCUAUAAAAACACAGUUGCAGCGCAGUUCACCCAGACUAAAAACCUUGAUAAACACCAAAUCUCCCUUGACUUUAUGAACCCUUUGACAAAGGGCAAGGAUAUCGCCACUCUCCAGGGCGAUGAGUGGAAGAAGUGGCGUGGAUGGUUCAAUCCUGGGUUCAGCUCCAGAAACGUUUCCACCAUGGUUCCAGAGCUUAUUGAAGAAAUUCAAGUCUUUGCCAACAACUUAAAACAAAGAGCUGGACCAAAUGGGACUUGGGGUCCCAUGUUUCAGCUUCGCAACAUCACUACAGCCCUUACCUUUGACAUUAUUGUCCGAGCAGUCUUGGAUGAACGUUUGCACGAGCAGACAAACCCCACAGGCGGGCCGCUCAGAGUGGCCCUGGCAGACCAACUCAGGUUGAUGGGAAUUCGACAAGCCUUUAGUUUCGGUUACUUGUUCCCAUGGCAAAACAGGGCCGUUGACCGAAACAACCAGAUUGCCUACAACCAGCUGUACCCCAACAUUGUUCGCUCUCUCGAAUCGGGAUUGAAACCGUCCAAGAAGAAGACAGUACUGAAUCUUGCUCUUAUGCAUCUAGCUGAGGAGGCAGGCGGCCGCAACAUCAACCCAGCCACCGAUCCGGAUAUGAUGGAGACCAUCAUGGGCAACCUCAAGACUUUCCUUGUCGCUGGUCACGAGACAACAGCGAGCGCGCUGUGCUUCAUGUUCAAAGUCCUCCAAGACAACCCAGACUGCAUGGAAAAGGUCCGUGCCGAGCAUGACGAGGUCUUGGGCCCGGAUCCGGAUCAGGCGGCGGAGAUUCUCAGCAUGUCUCCUCAGCUGCUCAACUCCUUGAGGUACACCCAUGCCGUAAUCAAAGAGACGCUUCGGCUAUAUCAACUUGCGUCAACAAUGCGUGGCGGAGAGGCGGGAUUCUACCUAAACGACCCUUCAUCCGGGAGACAAUAUCCUACCGAAGGGUUUUUGGUAUGGGAUGGCGGGCCGGGCAUGCAGCAUGAUCCUUCGCUAUGGCCUCAUGUGGACAAGUUCAUACCGGAUCGCUGGCUCGUAUCCGCGGAUGAUCCGCUGCAUCCCAUCAAAGACGCCUGGCGUGCAUUUGCUAGAGGGCCAAGAGACUGUAUUGGCCAGGAGGUUGCGCUGGUCGAAAUCAAGUUGGUCUCUGCCCUCAUCAUGCGCAAUUUUGAUGUGGAGGAGGCUUGGAGCGAUUGGGAUGUUGCUCAAGGAAUUACAGGUCAGAGGGAUACGGUCAGAGGGCAGCGAUUAUACGUUGCAGGUGACGGUAUCGGGCAUCCGAAAGACGGCAUGCCGGUUCAUGUUCGGUUGAGACAGAAGUGA